AUGUCCGAAGAAGCAGCAAAGGUCAAGCUGCCGCCGGGUACCAUCGAGUGGACGUUUGCAGCCGUCCCUGUAGACGAAGCCACUACAAACGAAGCGCCUACAAACGCACGUGCCGAGGCACCCUCGACCAAACGUCCACACGUGGACGAGAAGACGUCAUGGAACACUUGUACAAUCUGUGGGAUCUUGGUACCGCUGCUCGCCAUCGUUAUCGUACUCGCCCAAUGGAGCCUGCCUUUGGCUGCGAAGCCCCGCGCCCUCGGUGCAAUCACCUGGAGCACCAGCACCCCCGAUGCCCUGAGGCCGCUCGCAAAGACGUUGGCGCGAUGCGGACAAGUCACCAACCCCGACGCGAUCGCCAAGGUGUCGACACUAUCAAGGGAUAUCGUGCAAGCCGAGACGAGUCUUUUCAAGCAAGUCAACGAGCAGGUCGCACUUGCCGGUGGAGCGGUACGGCACGACCCAGAGAGUUGCCAUUCGAUUUACGAAUUCUGGAACGCACUGAACACGACACGUGCCGCAGGUGACGGGGUAGGCAAAGACAGUCGAGAUCUAGUGCGAUCCGUCUCUCAACUGGGGACGCUCAUCGAAGAUGCGAUGCAGCGAGCACGAGCAGAAUGUAAACAGGUCAUCCUCCAGGGGUCCGUACUUGCCAGGAUCUUGCAAGGCGUAGGCUGGAACAAACUGGUGGUCCUUUACCCCGACGCCGACGAGACGCUAAAGGAUGAAGAGUGCAUAACCCGGCUCGAAGUGCUGGAAAGCUGUGUGGAGGCGCAAAAGCAUCUGUCAGCGCUGGCCUACGACCGCAAGAGCCGACUGGACGCGUUUGCGAACAAGGCCGACAAGUGGUUAGCGCAUCUCCAGCGAUGGAUCGUCAUUGCCGACUCUGUUGUGUGUAAGGCGCAAGACGAUGUUGGGGGCGUCGAUGGACUCUGGGCCACCAUCGAAAAGGACGUGUUGGCAACCUGGAACUGGGACGUGUAG